AUGCCAGGGAAGCCCAAGCACCUGGGCGUCCCCAACGGGCGCAUGGUUCUGGCUGUCUCAGAUGGAGAGCUGAGCAGUGUGGCUGGGCCCCAGGACCAAGGCCGUGGCAGCUCCCUCAGCAUCCACAGCCUCCCCAGUGGCCCCAGCAGCCCCUUCCCCACCGAGGAACAGCCUGUGGCCAGCUGGGCUUUGUCCUUCGAGAGGCUGCUGCAGGAUCCUCUGGGUCUAGCUUACUUCACUGAGUUUCUGAAGAAAGAGUUCAGCGCCGAGAACGUAACUUUCUGGAAAGCUUGCGAGCGCUUCCAACAGAUCCCGGCCAGCGACACCCAACAGUUAGCUCAGGAGGCCCGCAACAUCUACCAGGAGUUCCUGUCCAGCCAAGCGCUGAAUCCCGUGAAUAUCGACCGGCAGGCCUGGCUCGGCGAAGAAGUGCUGGCUCAGCCUCGGCCAGACAUGUUCCGGGCGCCGCAACUACAGAUCUUCAACUUGAUGAAGUUCGACAGCUACGCGCGCUUCGUCAAAUCCCCGCUAUACCGCGAGUGCCUCCUGGCCGAGGCUGAGGGGCGCCCUCUACAGGCACCUGGCUCCUCACGCCUCGGCAGCCCUGAUGCCACGAGGAAGAAGCCAAAGCUGAAGCCCGGGAAGUCGCUGCCGCUAGGUGUGGAGGAGUUGGGGCAGCAGCCACCUGCUGAGGGCCCCGGGGGACGCCCUCUCCGCAAAUCCUUCCGCAAGGAGCUGGCAGGUGGGGCUACACACUUGCGCAGAGAGUCUCAGGGGUCCCUAAACUCCUCCGCCAGUCUGGACCUCGGUUUCCUAGCCUUCGUCAGCAGCAAAUCUGAGAGCCAUCGGAAGAGCCUUGGGAGUGCAGAGGGUGAGAGUGAAAGCCGACCAGGGAAGUAUUGCUGCGUGUACUUGCCUGAUGGCACUGCCUCCUUGGCCCUGGCCCGACCUGGCCUCACCAUCCGUGACAUGCUGGCAGGCAUCUGUGAGAAACGAGGCCUCUCUCUACCUGACAUCAAGGUCUACCUAGUGGGCAAAGAUCAGGCCUUGGUCCUGGAUCAGGACUGCACCGUGCUGGCAGACCAGGAAGUGCGGCUGGAGAACAGGAUCACUUUCGAGCUGGAGUUCACUGCUCAGGAGCGUGUCGUGCGAAUCUCCGCCAAGCCCACUAAGCGGCUGCAGGAGGCGCUGCAGCCCAUCCUGGCGAAGUAUGGCUUGAGCCCGCAGCAGGUGUCGCUGCACCGGCCAGGCGAGAAGCAACCGCUGGAUCUGGAGAAGCUAGUUAGUUCCGUGGCCGCCCAAAGACUGGUUUUGGACACACUCCCAGGUACUAAGAUCCCCGAAACCAGGGACCUAUCCCCCAACCGCAGCCAGGGGGACCCGCCCAGGACCCAGGAUAAGACUGCCCACUCCUGUCCACUACCCCCCAACUCGCUGGCCGAGCUGCCUGGUGGUGCCACUAGGAAGCGGCAGACUUGUGACAUUGAAGGCCUGGUAGAGCUGCUGAACCGGGUGCAGAGCAGUGGGGCCCAUGACCAGAGGGGCCUUCUGCGCAAAGAGGACCUGGUGAUUCCAGAAUUUCUGCAGCUGCCCACCCAAGGGUCCGGCAACCAAGAAGCCCCACCACAGACUGAAUCAGCCCAACCCCAGAGCGGCCACUUGGACUCCACUGCUGACUCAGCCCUCUGA